AUGUGGUCUACGUCUCGCCGCGGGACGCCGUCAUUGGUGGAAUUCGGGGUAAACUCUGGGCAAUACACCAACAAGGCGAAGGGGAAGUCUUCCAGCUACACCUUCAUGACCUAUUCGUCGGACCAGCUGCACAGCGCAGUGCUCUCGAAUCUACAACCCGAAACCACCUACUACUACCGCAUCGCAAGAAAAGGGCCGGAACGUUCCUUUGUAACGCCGCCGACCGAUGCUGGUGCUGACGUCAGCAUCGCUGUUGUUGGUGAUAUUGGUCUGUCCAAAGCAGCCCGCACAACCAUCACCUGUCUUUCCCAGCAGUCCCACUCCCUCACCCUCGUCCCGGGUGACCUAUCCUAUGCCAACGGCUUCCAAUCCGUUUGGGACAGGUGGCAGAACCUGAUUGAACCAGACGCCAGCACCCACCCUUGGAUGGUCGUGCCUGGAAACCAUGAAGCUGAGGCACUUAGCGCGAUCAGCCCAAAGGGGUUCGAGUGGCCCGCAUUUCUUAAGCGAUCCGCUUUGCUAAACAGCGGCGCUUUCCGGGCGUAUAAGAAGCGGUGGGUCAUGCCGUCUGCUGCUAGCGGGUCGCCUUCUAAGCUGUUCUACUCGUUUGAGGUGGGAGGGGCGCAUAUCAUCGUGCUCUCCUGCUAUUCGCCCUUUGGCCCCGACUCUGACCAGCGCAAAUGGCUGCAGAGGGACCUAUCAAGUGUGGAUCGCUCGAGAACCCCCUGGCUCAUAGCAUCGCUGCACGAGCCGUGGUACCACUCUAACAGUGACCACCAAACAGACGGGCAGGACAUGCGGAAGGCCCUGGAAGAAACGCUUUAUGCCACCCGCGUUGACAUGCUGAUCACCGGCCACGUGCAUGCAUACGAACGGACGACCCGCCUGUACAACGGCAAGGAGGACCCCUGUGGGAUCAUGCACAUCACCGUUGGGAGUGGCGGGAAGGACCUAUACCCCAGCUUCGUCUCCCCCAAGCCUGCAUGGUCGGCCUUCAGGGAAGCCGCCUUUGGUUUUGCUCUCUUCAAAAUCGAUGGCAGUGCAGCAGGGGAGGCAGAUUGGGAGUGGCACAAAAACGACGAUUCGCCCACUGUUGCUGCGGACUCUGCUCGCCUUGUCAGCCUUGCAAGUGCCUCUACUCCUGCUGAAUGCCGCCCAGCGUGA